CGCAAACCCCACGUUUCUGCACCAGACGAGACAACCACGCUCAUUACCUCGCCGCCCAUCGACAAUGGCCCAAUAUUACCCUCAACAGCAGCAACAGGGCUACGGGCCCCAAGCCGGUGCCCAGAAUCUCCAGUUCUUCCCCUCGUCCUACGCCUCAGUAUCCGGCCACACAACCCCUUCACAAGCAUCUUAUGGCGCCGGCUUCGGUGGCGCUCCCAAUUCUUCUACGCAGGCCUACCCCGGCGGUGGCUAUGGCGGAUUCGGGUCUCCCGCUGGUGGUGUGAGCGGGCGCAUGGGUGAACAAGGCGGAUUGCGGACGGGUUGGUUGGCCGCGUUUGGCACAGAGGGCUAUGAUGGCGAGCCUCCUUUAUUGGAGGAAUUAGGUGUCAAUUUUGAACAUAUUCGGACUAAGACUUUGACGGUCCUCAACCCCUUCGCCUCCAUUGACAACCACCUUAUGGACGAUAGCGACCUCUAUGGCGCACUACUCUAUAUCGUUUUGUACGGCACGUUCCUCCUUCUAUCAGGAAAGGUCUUCUACGGAUAUAUCUACGGCGUUGCCGUCUUCGGCACCGUUGCCCUGCACCUGAUUCUGAGUCUCAUGUCUCCCGCGCUCGACACCGCUCCUGCCCCAAACGCCGCCGACCCAACCAACUACAACCCUCACCACAAGCCCUCCCUGUCCAGCGCCUCGGCCGCAGGUCACUUCUCUGCCACCCUCACUUUCCCGCGCUCCGCUAGUGUCUUGGGCUACUGCUUUUUGCCGCUCGUGCUGACCGCUCUCAUUGGUAUUCUCCUCCCCAUGGAUACCCUGUUUGGCUACCUUUUGACUACUGCGGCGGUUGGCUGGUGCACGUACAGCUCGUCGGGGAUGUUCUGUUCAGUGGCGCGCAUGAGCGGCAUGAGGGGCCUGGUUGCUUAUCCGCUGGCUUUGUUUUACGUGGUCUUUGGCAUUAUGGGUAUCUUUUCUUCUCGGGGCACGGGGACACUUGCGGUCAAGACUGGCGCUGCUUAA